UGAGAUGACGUGACGGAGUUGUGAGCGGAGACUUUCCCAAUCAGAGCGGCGGUGGCGUUAGCGACUGUUUACAUCUGAAACCUGACCUCUGCGGCUCUGUUAAUUUCUGUGCCUUUAAAUACUCAUUGCUCCCCCCAUGAAGACACAGACCUGGGACUGGACUCGGAGAAAACUCUGAACUUUAGUGCGGGCCGGCGGCGCUGAGCAACAGGCGGGGAAGCGAAGACGAGGGCAGAGGACAGAGGAAGGGGACUCGCGAUGAGAGUAGGAGGAGGACAGACCCAUUCCAGCUGUGUUUCUGGAGCAAACAGAGCCGUGAGAACUUCUUCACAUUGAAGAAUUUUUCCACUGCACGGCAAGGGAGCAAACUUUUAUAUAUAUAUACAUAUAUGUAUAUUUAUACUCAGAUUCAGCUGUUUAUUUUCGUACCCAAACACUGCAGCUUGUAGCUCUCCAGACUCUGAGUAUCUAGGAAGUUAUUUCAGCCGCCGUUUUAUUUGUUUUGAGUGUCCAACCAAACUGCAAACAUGAACGCGGACAACUCGACCUUGUGGGACGGCUUGUUUUCUCCGCCGGUGUGCGGCGGCUGGAGCAACAACACCGAGGGGGCCAUCUAUCACCUGGGCAACACCAUCCUGUUUCUGGGCUACAUGGGUGGCAGUGGGGCCUUCGGCGCCCUCUUCAUCUUCGGCUUCCUGUCGCCCGCCUUCCUGUGCCUCGCCCUGUGGGGCUGGCUGACCGUGUGUGGCCCGGACGUCGUCUCCUGGAGCCUGCUGCUGCUGGCGGCCGCCCUGCUGCAGAUCUGCCACCUCCUCUACCGGCUCCACCAGGAGGGCCUCCGCGGCGAGGAGCUGACCUCCCUCUACCAGGCCGUCUACCUGCCGCUGGGCGUGCCAGUCCAGGCGUUCAAGGACAUCGCCAAGGCGUUCAAAAACAAGGCGGUGGAGCUGAAGGCCGGAGAGACGUACGCCCUGGAGGGCAAGACGUACAUCGACCAGCUCUCCUUUCUGCUGUCUGGGAGGAUCAAUGUGUCUUUGGAGGGUCAGUUCCUGCAUUACAUUCACCGGCACCAGUUCCUUGACUCCCCUGAGUGGGAGUCUCUCAGACCAAAUGAAGAAGGAAAGUUCCAGGUGACGCUGACGGCAGAAGAAGACUCCCGCUACGUCUCGUGGAGUCGCCGCCGUCUCUACAUGCUGAUAUCAAAGGACCGCUACAUUGACAACCUCUUCUCCGUCAUGCUCGGCUACGACAUUUCCGAAAAGCUCUACAACCUCAACAACAAGCUCUACAUAAAGAGCGGCGUGCUACUGGACAUCCGCCUGCCGAGCCUCUACCACGUCCUGGCGCCCUCCUCGCAGGGCAGCGACGGCGGCAGCGGCAGCGACGGCAAAGAACAACACAGCCAAGACCUGGAACCAGCCUACCAGUCGUCUCACCCCGGACCAUCUCAGGUCCUCAAACCUGACCAACAGGGACCAAGGACAAGCAAUGUGUCCACUGAGGACGGUCCCCAUCACUGCCCCUGGGCCACGGAGAUGCCAUCUGGAGGUGCCGGUGAUGGGAAUUUACCUCCUCGGUUCCAGAGACGCAGAGCUCCGCUGGCUCCCACCGACACGCCCAAGCUGUGAAGCCAGCUUCUUCUUCUUCUUCUUCUGUCUUCAGUGCAGCAGAACGAAGCAAACAUGUGGAACAUUUCGUCUUUGUUAUUUUUCCCUGCAUCGUUUUGCUGAAUGAUGCUGAUAACACACACGUUCCCCUCACCCUAACCACGCCACAUUAGUUUCUCGUGUCACAUUUUAAAGAACAUUUGAACUAACUGAUGCGCUAUUUAGAUUAUUUUAUUUUCAAAUGAUGCUAGCGAACUAUUUCUUUAUUGGUACACAAGGAUUUUUAAGUGGAUUUAGGUUCAGUGAAAACCAUUUAUUUACACACUGCAUAAAAAAAUGGUUUCCUCACUCUGAAUGAGUUAAUUUUUUUUCUGCCGCACUUCUCUGUUAAAAACGCUGUAGAAAUAUCCAGCUAUCAUACGGUUUAUAAAAGAGAGCGGUUUUCUGUGCCAGCCGAGAGAAGGGUUUUGGUGUUAAAUGAAACCCAGAACAUGAACAAAAUACCUAGUAGAGACGAAAGGACAUUCGGAGGAAGAAGCUAUUACCCAUAAGGACGUAUAACAGUCUUCCAGGGCAGAUAAAAACCUUAAUCAUGGAGACAGGUUCUGUGGUUUGAUGAAACAGAAACUAUUUUCACUUCCGAUACCGCUACCGAUAUUUGAGGUUUAGAACCAGCCGAUACAGAAAAACAGUGCUGAAUUGACUUGAAAUGUUUCUUUUUUUUAAAAACACAGACCUAAAAGUACCAAAUUACAACUUUCUUUGAUAAUUCUGCACAUUUAAAUGCACCAGUAGCUUCACAUGCUAACAUGUAAAAACACCACGACUUUAAUUUGUUCAGUAUAAGAGCCGAUGUGAAAUAAAUAAUAAACUGAAAAUGACCAAAACAACAGGCUAUCUACCUUGGUCAAACAUGGAGGUGCAACAACAUGAUGUCGCUCAGAGUACAAAGCAUAGAAUUAGAUUUAAUAGAUCUACCCUUACAGAUUGGGCACAUUGUCACAGAUACCCAAUCUAUAAUUUAAAAAAAAUAUAUAUAUUGGGACCGAUACCGAUAUUAAUAUUUGAUCGGUGCAUCUCUACAAAUAUUAAGAGUUUUGGCUACAAUAACUACAAUUGAAUUUAGUUAAAAAUAUAACGAACACUGCUAGCAUGAGAGCAACACGCCAGCAAUAAGUUACAGUGUUGGCAGCAUCAUGUCGAGUAAAGCUUGGUCACAAACGGAUCUUCUGAUUGGACGACCAGAAUGUCACCAAAUUUAAGUUGAGAAGGGGGCUUGAGGAAAACAAGUCGAUUUUUUUGAAGUGACCAUCACCAAACCGUAAAAAAUGCGGAAAAAAAAGAGGUGGUAUAUAAACGUAGCAAAACCCGUUUUGUCAAGAGGAAUGCUAAUGCUAAUUUCUAGCUAACUAUUUUGAGGAGCUUGUGGAAGGAAACCCAAAACCUCUGACACAAGCUAUCCAGCUUAAAGAUCAUACGUUAAGCAGAUCUCUAUGAAUCUCAGAAAUGAAAGAAAAUACAAAGGAAUUAGCUCAUUCUUGCAUUUAGCAAACAGAAAUACAUCACGUAAUCCUGACUGAUCUUCAGCAGGAACCUUUUAGUCAGAUGUGCCAAAACAUUUAGGGGAAAAUGUUGUUAGAUUAUGUGUAGAAAUCUAGUAGAAAACCGUAGUUAGCCUCCUUAACUGUAUUUUGAAUCCAACUUUUGACACUGAUAGACGUUUUUGCCAGAAGCUGUUCACCUUCAACAGAGUUUUUAAAGGGACUGGGUGAAUCAAAAGAAAAGCAAAACAAAACAUCAGAAUUAUCGUCACAAGCUCUUCUACUGACGAUGAUGAAUUUCUUCACUUUGUAGAUAAUGCAUCCCACUAAUGGUAAUAAACUCAAUUAGUUAAGACCUUCAUGGAGGGAUUUAUCAUACUUUCCAUUUUCAAAACAUUAAUUUUCCACGUAUCGAUUUAAGACUCGCUUCUACUCCACUUAAUCACUGUUUUGUCUCACGAAUGAAACUGUUUAUCCUAAUGAGUCUCGCACGGAUCCUCUGGAUCUGAUUCACUGGAACUAGAUGGGAAACCAAUCCCAGCACUAACUGGGAUCUGGGAGAACAAGUGAGGAAAACCUUUCAUGAGAGUUGCAUUUUUCUCCUCGUUUCAGUAAUGAGGAAAUGUACUUCUUUCCAUUUCUCUGAAUCCUGAUCCUCCUGGAGGACGGAGGACGCUUUCGAUGAAUUCAUCCAUUUGUUUUUUUUGUCCCCUCGUAUUUUGUCGAAGUUAAUGGUUUCGUUUUUCUUCGAUCUGAAUGCGCGAUGUCUUGCUCUAAUUUCAUAAACGUGUGAAAGCUUGCGGUUCUGAUGGUGAAUUUCUCUAGCAGAUGUCCUUUUUCCCUUCGUUCCCAGAUGACUCAAUACGUGCCUGCAGCUCACCUGUUGAGUUUUAUAACAACAGGCGAUGUAGUAUGCAAAUUAAAACGAUAAAUUGAGCCGUUUCUAUUAUUCAUAAUGAAAGAAAAGAAUAAAACAAUCAUGGGGCCAACAUUUCUCCAUAAAGCUGUUGUAUGUGUGUGCAGUGAAUGUUUUCCAAAUGUCUCCUGUGCAUAUGUUUUAUGUUUUCUAUUUUGACAGGAUUAUACAGACCGUGAUGAUUGUACAAUCCAGACUUCUGGCGCUCACUGACUGUAAAUCACUACGAGGGCCUUAAAAUACCUUCAAACUGCAACUUCGCCUGAAGAACUAUUUUGUGUUGUGUUGUUUUUUUUCUCCACAGCUAAAAAUGUUUCCAUAAUUAUUGACUGUAAGAAAAGAAAAACACUUCCUCUUGGUCUGUUUUUGCUCCUCUUUUGGAAAUGUUGCUGCCUUGUAAAACAACAACAAAAAAAGAGACAGUGAUGCCUUGUUUAUUAUUGAAGGUGGAUCUACAAGAAUAAGAGUUAUACAAUAAGUUUUCUCUUGUAAACAUUUUUCGGAGACACAACUCGUCUCCGAAAAUCGUUUCAUUCAGAAAUGAAAUGAAAACAAAACCCAACAGGUCACCGUUUAGGUCACGUUGAUGGAAAAUCAGAUGGAUUAAGUAUCUAAGUUACCAAAAUGUUUCAUUACCUCAAAACUCACUGGCCUUUUUUCUCUGACCCAAACAAGACGACGACGAUGCAAAACG